GUCAAGAAGAAAUAUUCUUGAUAUGUCAAAACACAUGGAAUUAUGAUUUAAAAAAAUAUUUUUCAUUUUAUUUAAUAUAUAAAAUCUUUUCUUCAAUUCGUUAAACAAUAAUAAUCAAUAAAAUAAUUACGGCUUAGGAAAAAUGGAGUGGCUAGGAUCUACAAUUUUAAAAUCAUUUUGGCGUCCAACUUUCAAUUUCGUUAGAACGCGAUAUCAUGCUGAUAAAACGCGGUUGGUGCGAAGAUAUGGUUAUGAAGAGAAGUUGUGGUGUGGUGGAUUAUUACCAAGAUCUCUCGGCAAACGUUUGCCUAUGCCAGAAUACAGGCCAGCUAACCCAUGGACUGAACGUAAAGCUCUGUAUGGACAGAAUGAUUACAUUGAUAUCUUGGGCAAUGGAGAUUUGCAUCCCGUUAAAACAUUAUACACAGUUCCGUCUUGGAUAAGAGGUGUUAGUGGUAAUGAAUACCAGGUUCUCCUUCGUAAGAAAAAAUUGUUUUCUAAAACUGCUGUGCCAAGAGAGAGACCUACAAAAUGGAAGCAAAUGGAGAAGCGGAUAUCUUUCCUCUAUAGGAAACUUAACAGAAAAACAAAAACUGGAAUGUCUAGAGAUUAGAAUAUUUAAUAGGUUUUAUUGUUAAUUAAUAAAUAGUAGUUAAACAAACAA